GGCUCAGCCUAAAUAAAGAAAAAGAGAAAACAAAUGUGUCUCCGGCUUCCUCGUUCGCCUCGCCGCUCUCUCGGUCUCAGCUGUCUUGUCUCUCUCCUUCUUAUUUCUCCAUAGCCGAAACCAGCUAGGGCUCAGAUAAAAGAAGCUACUAUUUCUACAGCUUCUCUUUAGUUCUCUCCAUAGAAAAAAUUUACUUCAUCUUUCCAUUUCUAUCUGAUGAUGAUUCCGUGUCUACACUCUCUCUUAUAACAUUGACAAAGCCCAUGAGCUCCCAUUCAAUCGAUUAAUAUGCAUAUCUCUCUGACAUGUAUCAACCUUUGGGCGUACACCGCCUCAUAUACCGUACUCGCAUUGCCAGCUUUGUUAAAGCUGGUCUCAUCGAUUAUGCAGUCAAGGUGUUCGAUGAAAUGACUUUGUCAGAAUGUCGUGUUUUUGGCAUCGAUUAUAACCGAUUCAUCGGCGUUUUGAUUCGCCACUCUCGCUUCGAUUUAGCCCAUCACUACUAUUCUAAAAUGGCCCCUCUUGGGUUCUCCUUGUCUUCCUUUACUUACUCUCGUUUCAUUUCAGGUUUAUGCCAGACAAAUGAGUUUACCUUUAUUGAUAAUUUGUUAAAAGACAUGGAGAAACUUCAUUGCGUUCCUGAUAUUUGGGCUUUUAAUAUCUAUUUGAAUCUUUUGUUUCGCGAGAAUAGGGAAGAGUCAGCAUUGGAGGUUUUUAGGAGAAUGGUUGAGAGAGGGAGAGAGCCUGAUGUAGUGACAUUUACUAUUAUUAUUGAUGGUUUGUGUAAAAUGAAGAAAUUUGAUGUUGCCGUUCAGUUUUGGCUUAAUAUGUUAGAUAAAGGGAUUAAGCCGGAUAACAAGGCUUGUGUGGCGCUUGCUGUUGGCUUGUGUGAUGGGGGGCAAGUGGAUUUAGCUUAUGAGCUUAUAAUUGGUGUAAUUAGUGGUGGUCUGUCAGAGGUUAGUACAUUGGUUUAUAAUGCAUUGAUUAGCGGGUUUUGUAGAGCAGGUAGGAUUGAUAAGGCGUUGGCUAUGGUGUCUUUUAUGAGUAGGACUGGGUGCAAGCCGGAUUUGGUUACAUACAAUGUGUUGUUGAAUUAUUGUUGCAACGAGUUUAUGUUUGAGGAGGCGAUGAAGUUGUUGAAGAAGAUGGAGUGUAGUGCGAUAGAACCUGAUGUAUAUAGCUAUAAUCAACUUCUCAAGGCACAUUGUAAAGCUAAUCACCCGGAUAAAGCUUAUCUGUUUAUGGUGACGAAGAUGGUGCCAAAAGGUUUUUGUGAUGUCGUUUCAUACAAUACUAUUAUCAAAGCAUUUUGCAGUAUUAGUGAUAACAGAAGGGCCUAUAAGCUGUUUGAGGAAAUGGGACGAAAGGGGAUUGCCCCAGAUGUGGUAACGUUCACAAUACUUAUAAAAGCUUUUCUUAGAGAAGGUAAUUCUGAUAUAGCAAAGAAGCUUCUUGAUCUGAUGGCAAGAAUGAGCCUUUUGCCUGAUCGUAUAUUUUAUACGACAAUCAUUGAUCACCACUGCAAGAGUGGGAAAGUUGAGAUGGCCCACAGCAUUUUUUGUGAUAUGGUAGAAAAAGGUAUUACUCCUGAUGUGGUUUCAUAUAAUGCCCUUAUAAAUGGAUUUUGUAAAUCUUUGAGAGUAGGUGAAGUUAUGCAUCUAUAUGAGGAAAUGCUGCAAAGAGGAUCCUUUCCGGAUGAAGUGACUUACAAGUUGAUCAUUGGAGCUCUAGUACGGGAAAAUAAGCUUUCAGAUGCUUGUAGGGUGUGGGAUCAGAUGAUGGAGAAGGGCCUCACUCUUGACAGGGGUAUAUCUGAAAUGCUGAUCAAUGCCAUCCAGUCAUGAAAAGUAUCAUUGAAACGAGAAACGUCAAUUGCAAGCCCAAGUUUUGGAGUAUUUUGUGGUUGGAGUAAAUCUUAGCAUGCCUAAAUUGCUACUACUUCAUUGACACUUCAUCAGCUUCUUUCACGAAUUGCAAUAAUGAGACACUCAGUGCAUGGUGGAGUUGGCGCUUUGAAGUCAGAUGCUUCAAAACAAUAUGGGCCUUAUCCUUGCUGCUUCAACAGUGUCAGACAUCCAGGAUCGCUAAUGAUGGAUUUCAAGCUUUAAAAUCCAGAUGCAGAUGUAUGGCUUCUCAAAUCCUAAAUGUAUCAAAGGAGAUGAGCUAAUUAAAGGGAAAGGUUUCCUCAUGUUGUCUGGAUAUCUGUUAGCUGCCCUUUUUGCCGAUCUCAAAAUUUUAAUAAAACACGUCUUAUUCUGAGGAGAGCUCAGGGCUGAAAUUGUGACUCCUAUUGAUAGGCCUCCUAAUAAGAUGACAUACAGAUGAAGAACGAUUGCUUAUUAAAAACAAUCCCGCAUUUUAUUAAGACACUGCUACAACAGCUUGAAGGCCAAGAUUCCCAGACACCACCUAGCCCUGGGGUGUCGUUUCGCCAAGAUCAACAAAAUCAGCUCCCACAUGGCCCUCUGGCGAGUCAAACACGGACUCAAGGCCAAGGUUCCAGGUUCCAAGACGAAGGGUUCAUCGGUGGUGCAACCAAAGCAUGAAGCUCACUUCCACUGUACGUGGAUCACACCACAACAACAAACGGACCCUCAUCCCGAAUCUCCGUUUCCACAGUAUGAUGGAAAAUUCCAGAGUCCAUGGGUGCUGCCACCACAGCCCCAAGGUCAUUCCAGGCAGAUAGUCCAAAGCAUGACGGGGAACCCCAUGCACCAUCAAUGCAUCAAGAUAGAGACCGUGGUCUUAGGGUGACAUAUCCACGGCAUCAAGAACGUCAUCCCCGGCAGCCCCACAGUCCAAAGAGUCCCACAAGCACAGUUUUCUGGGAUGCCAAGACCUGUUCGAACCAAACCCAUAACAUGGUCAGGUGCAGUUUUCUGCACAAUUUUUUACACCGUAAUAUUCAUAUGAGGCCCCACUGCCCUUGUAGUCUAGCUAGUAUAUCGUCCACGUAGUCCACGGUUUGAUGUUUCUAGUGCCACCUCAGCGUCCAUCGACGCAGGCUCUCUACUUGGCACCAAUCUCUCUGUGCUAGCAAACCAAACCAAACCAAACCAAUCCUUCAGGAAAGUGAGUGUAGACUUCAGUUACCUGAUCAUUGAUCUAUACUACGGAAGCACUCGUAUUGCUAGUCAAGGUUGAGUCAAGGUUUGGAAAUGUUCAUAUGGUUUCUACUCAGGUUCGGCUUCCCGUAAUGGAAAGCAAGCAGCUUCGGAGCAGAUUAGCAUAAACAGAACAAAACGAAAAUGGGGAGUUUGCUGUGGUAUUCGUAUAGGCUGUAUGGUCAUUGCAUUAUCUUGGUGACAAGUCCUCCUUGUGGUGUCCUUCGAGCUACCAACUCCAGAACAAAACGAUGAUAACAGAACCGAUCCUUUUUACAUUUUCGAACCGGCAAAUAUUGUUCGAUUUUUCACAUUGUUAAGAGCAUCAGCAUUGAAGUGAUUGUUCCCUGGUCUUGUUUUC